UCAUCUCCAAGAUAAGCAUGAAUGAACUUGCAAAUUACAUCUUCCUUCUCAUCGUAAUUUUUUUCUCUGGUCAGGCUUUUUGCGACUGCAACGAAAAAUGGACAACCAUUUUGAAAACAGGAAAAAAUGGUGAAGAAAUUUAUGGUAAAAAAAGAAACCUUGUGGACCAUAUUAUGACAGGAAGUGACAUUAGAUUUUCCUUAGAUGAUGGAUCGUAUGUCUCUUCCAUUCAAUCUGCUUCUCUGUCAGGAGAUGAGAACGUUUGUGUGCAAGCCCUGUUCCAUGUCAGUAAAAAUGGACCAUUUAAUUUUCAAAGUAAUGCCUACUGGUGGUUCCUCAUGGUAUGUACAACAGGUAAUACUCAUAUGUCUAGAUGGUCAGUUGGAGCCCAUGUGGACAGAGGCCAGACUAAAACCACCUAUGCUGUAACGUGGUUUGCAAGAAAAUUCAGUUGUCAGACACAACCUUUAUACUGCAACCAGAUGUCUGGUUGGAGAGAAUGUGGCGAUAUAUCUCUCUUGACUGAAGCUAUGCAGAAUGGCGCGGGAUUCAAAGCUGUUUAUUUAAAUACCGGUUACGUUUCAGGAUUUACAAAUGUUCAGCUUUCAAAUAAUGGUCAGUCUUUGGCUGGACAGUACCCAUGGCAUAUCAGUCAAACUAAUGUAGGUAACCGUAUUGAAUAUCAACCAAAUGCUUAUUGGUGGGCCACCAUAUGGUCAACCUCAGGUCGCCUAGAGAUGUCACGAUGGAAUGUCGGAGAGCACGUUAGUCGAGGACAUACUAAUGAAAAUGCCCCAAUGCAGUGGUUUGUAGAUAACUGUUGGACCUUGGCAUAUAGUCACAAUCAGGAUGGACAUAGGCUGGAUGGAUCCCUUGAUUUUCUCGUAGGCGCGGUGUUAUCUGGAAGAAGAGUUAGGAUAAAGAUAGGAGAUACAUACAUGGUGGAGACAGACAAUUUGUAUGUAAGAAACGGUCAUGUUUCUGCCCAGCUUUUGGGUCAUUUAUCAAAAGAUGGUGCAUUUUCUUUUCAAUCCGACGUUUAUUGGUACUGGCAAAUUGCCUCCACAACUGGAAAUGUAGAAACAAUCAGAUACAAUAUAGGGAGUAGUACCAGCAGAGGAGAUUCUCAGGGAAAUCAAUCAAUGGAAUGGUAUAUCGAGACAAGACCGUGGAAGAAAGUACUCUCUACUUCUAGCACUGGGGUUGUUAAUGAUGGGUCUAAAAGCAAUUUGAUAAAUGCCGUGCAGAAAGGUUCACAACUACGAUUAGUUAUUCAAGAAGCAGAAAAGUCAUACAGUAUCGUAGAAGCAGACAACAUUGCCAUAGAAGGAAAUGAAGUUGCAGCCCAGUCCAUUCGAUACAUCAGCGAUGAGGACGGGACAGGGGGGAUUCCAAGACAAUUCAAAAAGCCACCGUUUUGGAAAUUCACCCUAACAGUUACUGACGGGAAUCGAAGAGCGAUCUUCUGGAAGGUUGGGGAACAUACAUCUCUCCCAAAUGCACUGACCAAGAAUUCUGUGGACUGGAUUGUCAGUUAAGAUCAUGGAUUUCCUUAAAGAGCUAUACAAUAUUAACACAUCAUAAGGUAUUGUGUACAUAUGAGAAACUGAGAAUGUGUGGAUGUGAAGUAUGUUCUACUUUGACACUUGCAAUGGUCAUUGGGAACAGUAUAUUUCAAAAAAUAAAUAGAAAAUAAUUUA